UGAUCUGCUUUCUUAAGUGAGCUGUGCUGGAGUGAACAUUCAAUAAUGAGUGGUGCAGCGCUGGGCCUUGAGAUAGUAUUUGUCUUUUUUCUGGCCUUAUUCCUACUUCACCGUUAUGGGGACUUCAAGAAGCAGCAUAGACUGGUGAUCAUAGCAACAUUAUUGGCUUGGUAUCUCUGCUUUCUUAUUGUAUUUAUACUGCCUCUGGAUGUCAGUACGACUAUUUAUAAUCGGUGCAAACUUGCUGUUAACUCCAGCCCCGCAGAAAGUAAUGGCUCUUACGUUACUCUUGCUCCAAGCAAGCAAAAAUGUUUCAAACCAUGGAGUUAUAUUCCUAAUGGAAUUAUGCCAAUUUUCUGGCGUGUUGUAUAUUGGACGUCGCAGUUUUUAACAUGGAUUCUGCUACCUUUCAUGCAGUCAUAUGCUAGAUCAGGAGGGUUCUCCAUUACUGGAAAGAUUAAAACUGCAUUGAUUGAGAAUGCAAUCUAUUAUGGCACUUACUUGCUGAUUUUUGGAGCAUUUUUAAUAUACGUGGCUGUAAAUCCAAACUUCAAUUUACAAUGGAACCAACUUCAGACUAUUGGGAUAGCUGCAGCAAACACAUGGGGUCUCUUUCUUCUUGUGUUGCUUUUGGGUUAUGGUUUGGUAGAAAUUCCCCGUUCUCACUGGAAUGGGGCAAAGAGGGGUUAUCUACUCAUGAAGACCUAUUUCAAAGCUGCCAAACUGACAACUGAAAAAGCAGAUGCAGAGGAGAAUUUAGAGGAUAUUAUGGAGGAAGUCCGUAAAGUAAGUGAGAGUAUCAAGUAUAAUCAUCCUUUGAGAAAAUGUGUUGAUACAAUACUGAAAAAGUGUCCUACUGAGUACCAGGAAAGAAUGGGUAGGAACAUGGAUGAUUAUGAAGAUUUUGAUGAAAGACAGAACAGUUAUCCAAGUGAAAAAAGUUUGGUCAAACUUCACAAGCAGGUAAUUUAUUCAGUACAGAGACAUCGUCGUACACAGGUCCAGUGGCAAAUUCUUUUAGAACAAGCAUUUUACCUAGAAGAUGUGGCAAAAAAUGAAACCAGUGCAACUCGACAGUUUGUUCAUACCUUUCAUUCCCAGGAACCAGAGAAUAAAAUUAUACAGUAUUUCUACACACCAACUGUUGAGUGGUACUGGGAAUGUCUUCUACGACCGUGGUUUUACAGGGUGCUUGCAGUUGUUCUGGCCACUUUCUCUGUAAUUGUUGUGUGGUCAGAGUGCACAUUUUUCAGCACAAAACCAGUUUUAUCGCUAUUUGCAGUUUUCAUACAGCUGGCAGAAAAGACAUAUAAUUAUAUAUACAUAGAGAUGGCCUGUUUUCUUACCAUCUUUUUCCUAAGUAUCUGUGUUUACUCUACUGUCUUCAGGAUCCGUGUAUUUAACUAUUAUUACUUAGCUUCACAUCAUCAGACAGAUGCAUACAGUCUCCUUUUCAGUGGCAUGUUAUUUUGCCGUCUCACUCCACCAUUAUGCUUGAACUUUUUGGGAUUGACCCAUAUGGAUGCAACAAUCUCUCACAAAAACACACAGCCAACUGCUUAUACAUCUAUAAUGGGAUCCAUGAGAGUGCUGUCCUUCAUUGCAGAUGGAUUCUAUAUUUACUACCCAAUGCUUGUUGUCAUUCUCUGUAUUGCCACAUACUUUAGUUUAGGAACUCGUUGUUUGAAUCUUUUGGGAUUCCAGCAGUUCAUGGGGGAUAGUGAAAUGACCUCUGAUUUGAUUGAUGAAGGAAAAGAGCUCAUCAGAAGAGAGAAAAGAAAACGACAAAGGCAGGAAGAAGGUGAAAACAGAAGAAGGGAAUGGAAGGAACGGUAUGGAAAUAGAGAUGAUUCUACUAGAAACAGAGUUGUCCACACAGACCAAAAAGAAUCCAGCUUCUCAGAGACAAAUACCAAUAGACCACUAUCAAAGUAUACCCGAUCAAAUGGUAGGACUGAAAGAGAUACAAUAGAACUCCUCCAGGAUGCAGAACCUUUGGAUUUUAAUGCCGAUUCAAUUAAUGAUGACCCUCUUGAAUUGGACUUGGGAAGGUACCAGCCUGGUGGAAGAUACCUGUCAAUGUCUCGAAGUGAAAUAUUUGAAGAUGUCUAAGCUCCUCAAAGCUAAAGAAAAUUCAGUGGACAUCUAUUUCUUACUCAUUGCUUGGGAAAUACUGUAUUUAUGCUAUAUCACUGAACCAGAAAAGACCAUUUUUGUUUAAAAAAAAGAAUAUGAAGGAACAGCUGUUUUGGAAAUGCACCUGUAUGGUAACUUUACUACUUAUGACAAGAAUAUGCUGCUUCUAUUAUAGAUAUUGUUGUGCAUCAGUGUGGGCUUUUGUGUCAUGACCAAAAGGAGAAAACUAUUAAUUAAAGUAGUAGAGGGUAAACUUCAUAAAUAUACCUAGCGCUCAACUUGAACUGUUAACAUUGUAAGUUUAAGAAAGGGGAUUUUUUGGAAGGAAUUUUUUUGUAUUUUAUCAGAUGCUGUGAGAGCAUCUUAAUGCAUCCAAAGUGCAGUUAUGUCAAUUACUAUAGUAAACACUUUCUAUAAUUUUUCUAUUUGAACUUCAUGUCUAGUCCAAAAUCUAGUGAAUUAAAUUAAAGCUUCUUUUGGCUUCAGUGGUCUUUGAAUCAGACCCUGUAUAAGGAGAGAGAUUGAAUGUCAGGCUGUUCUUCAUAAAAUCAUAAAAUGCAUGUUCCAGCAUUUAAAGGGUGGCUACAAAGGUGAUGGAGGCUCCAUUUUUACAAGGAGUCACACGGGAAAGAUGAGGAGUAAUGGGUACAUGUUACUGCUGGGGAUAUUCUGAUUGGACACAAGAGGAAAAUUUUUUACAAUAAGAACAAUCAGCCACUUGAAUAAUGUACCCAGGAAAGUGUGGAUCCCCUGACACUGGACGCUUUUCAGAUUCAGCUGGAUGGGGUGCUGGGCCAUCUUGUCUAGACCAUGCUUUUGCUCAGAAAUGUUGGACUAGAUGAUCCAUGAGGUCCCUUCCAACCUGGUAUUCUAUGAUUCUGUGAAAUUUGAUGGCAUAAAUUUUAGAGCAAGGUGGAUUGGUCAAGAAAGGCUGUAUUUUUUCUUUUCCAACAUUAUAUGCAGAUAAAUGAUUUUAGCAUGUGUAAAUAGUUGAAUUUCAAUACGGACCAGAGUUUCACUGUCAUAUGUGCAAUAGCAAGAAUACACUAUUGAAGAUACAAUGUCUGCUUAAGAUUUUUUACACUUAAAACAGUUGAAAAUCUUGGCAUAUUAGUGUUUUUGUAACUGUAAAAGAAAUGUGAAACUUGAGUUAAAUGCUGAAACAUUUUAAUUUGCACACACCUCAGGCACGGCUUCAAAUUGUAGAGUAUUUCUUUAAAAGAAGGGAAAUACAUAGCAUGACUAGAUAAUGGUAAACACCUUUAAUGUCCCAAAUGCCCUGAUUGCAUUAUGUAUCUAUUUUUAAGGUGCCUGUAUUUUGCAAUAAGUUGUUGCAAAAAGAAUAAUGCUUAUUCAUUUGAAUGCCAUUCAAAAAUGCCAAUUAUUAACAGUGUAAAAAAGCUUCACAUUGAUUUCAUUGUGUAGAUAUAUUUUUUAAACCAUAGUUAGUUGAAUGAAUUUUCAAAUGUAAUCAUAAGGUAAAAGAUGUGGUCAAAUUCAUGAUAUCUUUGGAAAUUUGAUUAAUUUAAAAUGUUGCUUUAUUGCAAUUUGUCUUAAGUCUUUACGACUUGGAGGUUUUCUUACGUGCUUAUUGCAAAGUUAUGUUGAAAACUGAAACAGGACAUGUUUCUGUCAUGAAUUCUUUAUCAUGCUUAAAACACAGACAUCCUUUAAAGCAGCUAGGAAUGAGUUCUUCUGAAAAAUAAGUUUUCAUGAAUGAGGUGUUCUACUGAUUUUUCAAAAUAAGUCUUUGUUUUCUGAAGUAAUUGUUAAUGGGAAUCUAACUACCUCCUGUGAUUUAGUACAUCAUGUGUUCUAACAGUAGUGGCAUUUGUAAUAUAUAGAUCUGCCUGUUUUAAAACACUGAAUUGUUACUAUGAAGGAGAAAAAAUACUCUAUUUGUAUAGAAAUAACUACAUUAAUAAAUUGGCAGACAUAAAAUAAUCGUCAGUUUUAUUCUUAGGUGAACACACUGAACAACAGCCAUGCCCACAAGUGUUUCAAGCUCAUGCAAUUUCCAGAUUACUGUAAGAGGGCACUUUUUCGGUUUGGGUAUUUCUUAUAUUGUAAAGGCUUGAUUGAAGUCUUAUGGCUGUGUCAGGGACUGGAAGUUGAGAAAAUGACACUUUUUAAAUUCAGAUUAUUCUUUAGCAACUUUAUUCUAGCACCUAGUUAAUUUAUUUUAGAUCUACUUAAGAAUGUUAUCCUGAGUUCAGCCUUAUAUGAAAGGAGUUGUAUAUGUUCCUGAACUUCCAUCCACAUGAAUGUUCUUAGACUUGAUAUAUCUGUUUUUAAAAUUUGUAUCUCAUUUAAUUGCCCAAAAGUUUAUUUGUAAAAAUCUUCGGAUGAAAUAGGUUCAAGUUCUUUGUUUAACUCUUGAAUUGUCACUACAAAGGGAUCUAAUUCAGUGCUAAUGGAAAAAUUGUAGAAGGAAUAUUUUAUUUUUCUGAAUGCUUGUGGAUCCUUACCUAGCCCCUUCUGACUUCAGAGAGUUGGAUUAAGCCUUGCUGGGUCUGGUUUUCCCCCUCUUGGAAUGGCUGCAAACAGAAUUUUCAGUGGAAACUUGGUCAGGAUUUUAUAUACAAAAGCUAACUAGUCCCUGGUGUAAGCCCUCUGUGCAGUUUUCAUUAGGAUACAAUAAUUUGAGGAGUUUACUAUAUAAAUUAAUGGCAGUGGGAUUUUAGCUUCUAACAUAGAUAUUCGGAGUUCAUUGAGGUGGGAAUCCACUGACCUUUUUUUGGUAAUGCAAGUGGAGUAACCAAUGGCUGCUUUUUGCAAGCAUGGGAAUUAGAGCUCUGAAAAUCUCUCAGGAGUUCUCCUUUUGAUUGCACCGGGAGAUCCUGAGUGUCCCUGGAUGCUGGGUGUUAAAAUAAGGAGUUGAUAAGUGUCAGGUUUCAUCCAUAGUGUUUAUUGCUUUAGCAGUUACUCGUGCUUUAAUUACGCGCAACUUGUAAGCCAGUUAAUCUAGUAUGUUUUGAAAAGUAGUUCCUCCAAAAGUAUUGAAAAGUUAAGUUCCUAUGAUUCAUAUGAGAGACAAAUCUGAAAGACUUUCAGCAAAAAAAUACAAAGUAAAACUAUAAAAAAACAUUGUAGAAGUAAGGGAUAUGCCUGCAUAGUAUUUGCUGUGUAUUUGAGCUAGUUCUAAACUAGUUUGGUUACUGCCAGCGUGAAUAACACAGAACUUGCUUGGGGGCUACAUGCCUAAGGAUUUACCCCACUCCAGAGAGGUGUUAGAUGUCCCAUCCCUGGAAACGUUCAAGGCCAGGUAGGAUGGGGCUCUGAGCAACCUGAUCUAGCUGAAGAUGUCCCUGUUCAUUGCAGGGGGGUUGGACUAGAUGACCUUUAAAUGUCCCUUCCAACCCAAACCAUGAGUUCUUUGCUACUAUAGCUCUAGUCCUAACAGUAUCACUGCUAAAAAAACUUAAAACUAGCUUUGAUAUGUUUAAGCAGUGACUGUACUGUAGGUUACUGGUGUUCUUGCACCAGAUUUGAUGUUCUAGAUUAGGUGAUUUAAAAUAUAACUGCCUUGCAAACUGCUUUUGGGAAGUGAAUGUUGACAUAUUUAGUCUGUUGGUAUAUAGUCAUAUUUAUUUGCAGCUAAAGAAUGUCAGUUAUGUAUUUCUUAUUUCACUUUCUGAAUUACUGAGCAGUUAAGGUAUACUUCACUGUCAUUUCUGCAGUUUGCUCUUCAACUGUGAACAUCAAAAAAUCCCAAAAACACCAAAAAAACUACCCAAGUUGAGCACAUAAGCACAUAUGAUUGAAUAUCUUCAUGUCAAAUAUUUAAACCAGUGAAAAGAAUCCAUACAAGUUGUAAUGAACUUUGAAAAGUGGGAGCGAAAACAGUAACUACUUCCAUAUUGUGUCAGUUCUGGAUUUCUUAUAGAAGUAUGCAUAGCAAAAAGCUCUAGUCAAACUUACUCCUCUUACUAGAUUUUUAGUUCUGUUUCUUCAGCUGUUUAAAAAUAAACAUGUUCUGAUAUCUAUAUUGGGAAAUUAAUCCUCUGCACUCUGCUUAAGAAAGAUGCAGCUCUUAGUGCAGUAUAGUGAGAGUCUUUUUAUGAGGGACGGUAAAGGAUAUGCAACUUCUAGUCUGUGCUAAUAGUGACACCUUGGGCAAACUAUGAUGUAUUUUAUUAUUUAGAUAUUAUAACAUUAAGAAAAAACAAACUUUAUACUACUGUAACUUACACUACUGGAGAGAUCAUGGUAUAUAAUCUGCUUUUAUUUUGCAACCAAGCACUUGUAAAAUAGUCAUUAAUGGUAUUAAUGGGAAUGGCAGAAAGCUGCUAUCUUUCUGAUAUUUAUUCUUGCUAUUUUAAAACAUGACAAUUUUUACAUAUGAAGUACUAAAAAAGUGAUUACUCUUUCUGUAAUGAAUAUUUGUAUUUUAUUAAAUUUAUCUUGGAAUGCUGUAAAUAUUAUGUGAAAAAUACAGUGUUUUGUUCCAGUUUUCAUUAUUGCUGUAAUUACUUGCAAUCUGAGAGGCAUUUACAAUACCAAAUGGGGAUCACUUUAUGAAGGAAGAUUUCUUACAAGGCUUCUUAAAGAAAUCUGACCUAUUAAUUACAAAUAUCUGCAUCUUAAUUAUUAACAAAAACUCUACUUAGAGUAUAUAUUGUCUCCUAGCUUUUAAUUUUUCUUUAACAUUCAGAAAAUUACUAAUUUUGUCAGAGGAGCUUAUUUAUGAAUCUUGUAAACUUUUUGAAACUUUUGCAUUCUUUUUUUCCCUAAUUGGCUCUGCGGGAAUAUGUACGGCUUCAUGGCAGUUCUCUAAUAUUAGCCGUGCCUCUAAUUAAGUGGUCUAGUCUGAAGCCUAGACACUCCUACACUAUUUCAUUAUGUUAACAAAACCCCAGCAUUCCUAGCAGAAAAGCACCUUGAACUAGAUCCCUUUCUAAUACAUUAAUUGCUGUUAUUGAUUAUGGUUCAUUAUAUUGAGUAUCUUCUGUUUCAGUCAUAUAGUGAGCCCAGUCAGGCUUAUUCUUUGUUUCUGUUAAAAUGCACUGGAAUGUAUUCCUCAGCAUGCUUUUAUGUGUGUGUGUAUGUUUUAAUUGUAAUUGGCAGGCAAUAGUAAUAUGCAACUUCAGUUAUUUAUUGAGGAUAAUGUUAUAUUUGACAUAUUCCUGUGAAAUAUAAUACAUUCAGAGUGAUAGCUUAGCUAUCACUGUAGAAAUUAAUUAUUUUCUAUAGAAAUACCUUACAUUUCUAUAGAGAUAUCUGGAAGAUAAGGGAAUUUGAUUGUAAGUAUAGGUUUAGUAAUAGAAGAUCUUCAUUCUCCAGUGUAUAUCAAGGCUAGGCUGUAGGAGUGCUGCUUAUGGAUAGACUAUCUUCUUUUGCCUUAUGAUAUAUGUGCAUAAUACUUGUUUUGAAAUUCACUGAGUUACACAUUUUUCUCUGUAGUGGUCUAAAUUAUUGUUGUGAUUUUGAAAUGUGUGUUAAAAUAUCUAGACAAAGAGUUAAGUUGGCAUGAAAUAAAUCAUUUCUGCAAUACA